AUGAUAAGAUUAAAUGAAAAUAAACAAUUUCCAUCAAAAUCUAAUAUUUCUUAUUUGAAAUCAAUUAGUAUUGAACCAGUUGUUUUUCUCUAUAUGUUAGCAAUUUAUAUAAAUAUUCCAACAGAUGAAGCAUUACUUUAUCGUCAAGUUUGUUAUAAACUAUAUAAUAUAUCAUUAUGUAAUUCAAUAAAUAAAAAUCAAACAAAUAUUUCUGAAAUAAUCAUACAAAAAUAUGCAUCUAUCUAUGUCAUGUAUUAUAAUGUUGUUUAUACAAUUCCAUCAAUAUUUAUUUCAAUAAUCUAUGGUACAUGGUCAAAUAAAUAUUCACAUAAAAUCCCAAUGAUAUUAGUUAAUAUCGGUUGUAUACUAUCAACAAUAGUUAAUUUAUUUAUAUCAAUAUUUAAAUCAAAUCUAUCAAUUGAAAUAUUUUUUUUAUCAAAUUUAAUAUUUAGUUUAUUUGGUUCAACAUCAACCAUGUUUUCAAUAAUCUAUAGUUAUCUAACAUAUAUAACAACAAUUGAAAAUCGUCGUGAAUCUAUUGCAAUUAUCGAAUCAUGUUUAAUGUUUGGUUCAACAAUUGGUUCAAUAUUAAGUGGAAUCUUACUUGAUUUAACAAAUUUUCAAUUAAAUUUUCUAUUUAUCAUUUUUAUUCAUUCUAUUAAUAUUAUUUAUAUUCUAAUCUAUGUUAAAGAAGUUCUACCAAUGAAAGAAAAUAUUUUUCUAUGGAAAAAUUUUACUAAAACAUUAUUUAUUUGGAAUGAUAUUAAAGAUUCAUUUAAAAUUUUAUUUCGAAAAAGAAAAUUUCAUCAAAGAAAAUAUCUUCUUUUAACUCUAGCCGCUUUAUUAUGUAGUAUUUUAACAAGUAUCGGUGAAUCAUCAGUUGUUUAUCUUUAUUUAAAGAAAUUUCCAUUAUCAUUUUCUCAAAGUCUUUAUGGAAUAUUUCGUGGUUUAAAAUCAUUUGCUCUUAGUAUUGGUUUAUUACUUAUAUUACCAAUAUUACGUUAUUUAUUUAAUAUAAAUGAUAUGACAUGUACAAUACUUGGGACAUUAUCAAAAUGUGCAAUUGAUUUUCUAUAUGCUAUUAGUUAUUCAAAAACAACUAUAUUUAUGAUACCAUUAUUUGGUAUGUUAUCAUCAUAUGUUGUUGUAGGUAUACGUUCAUAUAUUUCAAAAAUUUGUAAUUCUAAUGAAGAAGGUAAAAUAUUUUCGAUAAUUGCAUCAUUUGAAUCAAUCGAUGCAUUAAUUGGAUCGAUUUUAUUUAAUAUUCUUUAUUCAUAUACAAUUAAUAUUUAUCCUAAUUUCAUAUUUUUUCUUGCUUGUUUUUUACAUUUUUUAACAUUACCGAUAUUUAUGUAA